AUGAAGUUCCAAUCAAUCUCUACCCUCGCCCUGGCUGUCGCCUCAACCACAUCGGCCGCACCGCACCAAGCCCGCGCUUUGAAGCCCCUUGAACUCGCAAAUAUCAGCGCAAGCAUCCCAUUCACAACAAUGCCCACAACUACCAUCUUUGGUUUCUCUCUGAAGGACCCGAAUACCAAUAUUGAAACCAAAUGUUCUUCUUACUGGUCAGUCGGCCAGGCUGGAAGCAAGUCUUACAACUGCACCAACAAUGCAUACCAGCUCAAGCUUUCUAGUGGAAUCUACAACAUUGAGGAAUUUGACUUUGGUGUUGCUCGGGCGGAUGGCUCUCUAAGUGGACGUUCAACUCUCAAAGGUGAAUCGUGGAAGUGUACGAAGGGGUCUGAAGAGCCUCUGGAGAGUUGUUACUGGGAUGGGGUCUUUCAACUUGAUGUUGCUAAGUAG